AUGGAGGUAGUCUCAUCGUCGAAGCUAGCGUGGUUCGCUCUCGCGUUCACCGUGGUGUCCGCCGACGCUGCCGGCCGUGUCUCGGCCCAGAACACGGCGCAGGACUUCGUGAACCUGCACAACUCGCCGCGCGCGGACGUGGGCGUCGGGAACGUGACCUGGAACGCCACGGUGGCGGCGUACGCGCAGAGCUACGCGAACCAGCGCGCGGGCGACUGCCGGCUGGUGCACUCCGGCGGCCCCUACGGGGAGAACCUCUUCUGGGGCUCGGCGGGCUACGCCUGGGCGGCGUCGGAUGCCGUGGGAUCCUGGGUGGCGGAGAAGCAGUACUACGACCACGCCACCAACACCUGCUCCGCGCCGUCCGGCCAGUCGUGCGGCCACUACACGCAGGUGGUGUGGCGCGCCUCCACGGCCAUCGGCUGCGCCCGCGUCGUCUGCAGCAACAACGCCGGCGUCUUCAUCAUCUGCAAUUACUACCCGCCCGGCAACGUCAUUGGACAGAGCCCUUACUAG